CUUGAAGCCAAGCCUCACUGAUCACGUGUCGAGAACUUCCCCCGGCACCUACCAAACGCUGCGCACAAUUUCCGGUUCUUAUCCCGGAAGUAGCGGGCUCUGAUAGCGCCUACAGACAGCUCAGCUUUACCACUGACUUCCUGUUCGCUAUACCAGCUGCUAAUUCGCGCACCUUCAUCUCCUGAGCCCAUCCAUCUGGCUGAAUAUAAGCGCGGCUCCUCGCCUUUGUUACCUUCUCUGGUCACUGUUUAGACACCGCAGACGCCAUGAACACCGUUCUUUCACGAGCUAAUUCGCUUUUUGCCUUUUCCCUGAGCGUUAUGGCUGCGCUCACCUUUGGCUGCUUUAUCACCACCGCAUUCAAGGAGCGGAUAGUUCCUGUCAACAUCCAUGUAUCCCGUGUGAUGCUGGAAAAUGUUGAAGAUUUUACUGGUCCCAGGGAAAGAAGUGACCUUGGAUUUAUCACAUUUGAUAUAAGUGCUGAUUUGCAGCCGAUAUUUGAUUGGAAUGUUAAACAACUAUUUAUUUAUUUGUCUGCUGAAUAUUCCACAAGAAGCAAUACUCUGAACCAGGUCGUACUAUGGGACAAAAUCAUUCUCCGAGGGGAUAAUCCAAAGUUGUCCUUAAAAGAAAUGAAAUCAAAGUAUUUUUUCUUUGACGAUGGAAAUGGUCUCAAGGGUAAUCGCAAUAUCACAUUGACUCUUUCUUGGAACGUUGUCCCAAAUGCUGGCAUCUUACCUCUUGUCACAGGUUCAGGACAUAAAUCUGUUCCAUUUCCGGAUACCUAUAAAACCACAAUGAGCUAUUAAAUUAUUUCAAUGUUUUGUAAGCUAUUUUUAUCCGUGUAAGCCUUGGAUACAUCCUGCCUAAAGUUUAUACCCAAAUGCCCACCUUCUUUCUGGAAAAAAAAAAUAUAUAUAAUGGCGACGUGGGUUUGAAUACCCGUGUAAAUACAAAUGAAGAAUCCACUAUUUUUAUUUUUUUAUUUUGAGUAGUGCAAGUGUUGUCUUCCGGAAAAGAUAUGAAACCAACUUCACUGUAUUGAUUUACAGCAUUGCAAUACAAUUCCACGGUCUAUAGCUGAGCUUGCUAAAUGUGGACUGAACCAUUCAAAGAAAUGCUUUCUUUGAGUGUUUUGUAUUCGGACAUCCAUUCUGAAGGUACACACAAUUAUAACAUCGUUACACGUAGAUCAAUGUGAGUAACGUGAACAUUGUUUUCAAACAAAGUUGUAACAACUUUUCCUUGGCCUGUUACACUUUUUUUUUUUUUUUAAAGAAAUUGUGGCUUCAAAAGAUAAAGCUAUAUAAAAUACAAUGUGUGGGUUUUAGUAAUGUUACUUAUGUAAAGGGACCAAGAAGAUUUAUUCAAGGUUGGAUGUCCAAUGAUUUCUCGUUUAUGCUGAAAUAAUCUGAAAUAUUUUUUUUUUUUUUUUUUAAUUUCCCACUUUUUGUACCAGUACAGUUUUGUAUAUUACCUUAGCAAAUAUGAAUUAAAGAUAUCAAUGAAAUUAUUUUACCCUCAUCGUAACACUGCUUUCCAGUACCAGCUGUGGCCUGUGUUUCAAGCAAGUCCAAUACAGAGGGAGUGUUAAGAUUAAGUAUCAAACUAACAUGUCCAUUGGAUAUUUAAAAGGUAAAUUACAAGGAUAACAAAAUAAAUAUGUUCUAUAAAUCACAUGCUAAUAAAAAGUACUGGACUUUU